AUGUCGGGAGCUGGCGGUGCUGGUGCAGCUUCAGGUGGUUCGGCUUACGGAGGCGCCCCUCACAGGUCAUUCGAAGAGCGCGCCGCCGCAAGGGAGCAGAUGAUGAGCAGCCUCCGGGACAACUCGCAACAAGACCGCCGUGUCUACGUCGGCAACUUAUCCUACGAUGUUAAGUGGCAUCACCUGAAAGAUUUCAUGAGAUCUGAAUAUGCCACGAGGGAGCAAGCUCAACAGGCUGUCAACACACUAAGCAACCAAAACCUGAUGGGAAGAUUGGUUUACGUCCGAGAAGAUCGUGAGGCCGAACCUCGAUUCACUGGUCCAACUGCGGGCCGCGGCGGCUUCGAUGCAGGAGGCCGUGGCGGAUUCGGCGGCGGCGGAUAUGGCGGCGGCAUGGGUGCUGGUGCAGGUGGCGCCGGCGGCGGUGGUGGCCGUCAAAUCUAUGUCUCCAACCUUCCGUACACUGUGGGAUGGCAGGAUCUAAAGGACUUGUUCCGCCAAGCUAUUUUGGGCGUGCCAUUGACAAUUUAUCUUGUAGCUCGUAAUGGCGCCGUCAUACGUGCUGAUGUUCACAUCGGACCUGAUGGUCGUCCCAAGGGCUCUGGUAUCGUCGUUUUCGAGUCUCCUGAUGAUGCCCGCAACGCUAUCCAACAAUUUAACGGCUAUGACUGGCAGGGACGCCCACUCGAAGUUCGUGAGGAUCGAUUUGCUGGUGCCGGUCCUGGGUUUGGUGGCCGAGGCGGAUUCGGUGGUCGUGGCGGAUUCGGCGGUCCAUUCGGCGGUCGUGGUGGGUUUGGAGCCCGUGGCGGAUUCGGUGGUGGAUUUGGAGGCCGUGGCGGCGGUUAUGGAGGAGGCUAUGGAGGUGGCGCUAUGGGUGGUGGGUUUGAUGCUGGCCCUGGAGCAGGAGCGGUAUCUGCCCCACCAAACCCAUUCACCGACCAUGCUACGGCAGGCACUGAGAAGAAUGAGACUAUCUACGUCCGCAAUCUUCCAUGGUCCACCAGCAACGAGGAUCUUGUUGAGCUCUUCACUACCAUUGGAAAGGUCGAGCAGGCCGAAAUUCAGUAUGAGCCAAAUGGUCGAUCCCGUGGCACUGGUGUUGUUCGCUUCGAUACUCCCGAGACCGCUGAGACCGCGAUUGAGAAGUUUUCGGGCUAUCAAUACGGUGGACGUCCACUCGGUUUGACUUUCGUCAAGUAUCAGACCCCUGGUGGCGGUGGCGACGCAAUGGAGACGGAGGCCACCAGCUUGACACAGGACCAGAUCAUGUAA